AGUACAAAACUAAUCAGUAAUCACUUCAUUUCUCAUAAAAAAUAAGGUUAUGUUUGUUCGGUGGCAAUAGCAGAAGAAACAGUGUGAAUUGCAGUGUGUUCGCUCAGUACUAUCUUAGACUUUAGGGGAACAUCCUUACUUUUAGAAAUUGGCUCUAUGCAAAAUCACCAAACUGUUCUAGUGACUUUGCCGCAUCCAUCCGCAUUCGACCGCAAAACAACGUGCUUAUGUGCCCAGGCCUUAGUACAUUAGGGAGAUUCCACAUGAUUGUACUUCCCUACCCCUUACCCUGUAGCCGUACCGCGUCCGACUUUGUCAUCGAGUUUUCAUCUACAUGAUUCUGUGGUCAUUGGAGAAUUCGAUCUGUGAACGUGAGAAGCGCAUCUAUGUAAUGUUUGUAUUCGUGUUGCUAGCUCCGAUUCGUUUUGUUGACAUCGUUCGUCAUCGUUUCCGUUUUUCUGUGUUUUUCUGUUCAGCUCCGAAAUGACUUUGGCGUAGUUAAAAAGCAAAUUUCUAAAAACAUAUAGUUGCUCAACAGAGUGAACAUGGACGAAGAAAAUUUACAGAAAGCUGUUAAGAUUUUAAAACUGCAGCAUAUUGCUCUAAGUUCAUUAAUGCAUGCAAAGUUAAUCAGAAAAAUGCAGAAAAAAUUAAGAAGAUGGUGGGUCAAGCCGCAUCUUUUAUCAGAAAUAAGAAAUGCUGUGGGAGCAUACGCAAUGGUAUGCCAGUAUUUCCAACUAAGAGAUCAUGAAGUGUUUGAAUUGCAAUUCAAAAUGACAGUAGAUAAUUUUGAAAAACUAUAUGACUUAGUUAGAUGUAGAUUAGAGAAGCGACAUGUCAUAAGAUCACCUAUUCCAUCAUGCAUUCGACUGGCGAUGACUAUACAUUAUUUGGGACAUGGAGGAAGUGUCACGCUCAACUCUUUGUAUUAUAAGAGUAGGGAUGUCGACAUAUUAUAAGAUUAUUGCAGAAACAUGCAAGAUCAUUGCUACCGUGCUCACACCAAUGUAUGUAAAACUUCCUAACACAGAGGGAUGGUUGUCCAUCACAAAAGACUUUGAAGAAAAAUGGCAAUUUCCUAACUGCAUUGGAGCACUCGAUGGUAAACACAUGAGGAUCAGGAAACCAGAUCACGGUGGUAGCGUCUUUUUUAAUUAUAAAAGGUUUCAUAGCAUAGUACUCAUGGCUAUAAGUGAUGCUCACUGUAGAUUCGUUUGGUUUUCAGUAGGUGAUGGUGGUUCAUUCAGUGAUGCUAGCGUUUUCAGUGAUUGCAGUUUUAAUGAAAAACUCUCAAAUGAUGAGUUACAUAUACCUGCACCAACACAGUUACCAAGUAGUGAUAGAUUUUCACCAUUUGUAUUUAUCUCUGAUGAAAUAUUUGGACUUGAAAAGAAUUUAAUGAAACCAUAUAAUAGAAAAUUAUUGCGCACUGAAAGAGAAAAAAUAUUUAAUUACAGACUUAGUCGUGCAAGAUUUACAAUAGAGUGUGCAUUUGGAAUAUUGUGUUCAAAAUGGCAAUUAUUAAACAAUGCUUUACGUUUCAAUCUAAUCACUAGUAAAUAUAUCAUAAGUGCAUGCUUAUGUUUACAUAACUUUCUCAUCACAAGUAAUAGACAAAAUCAACAUAGUAACAAUGGUGGCGAGGUCAGACAACCAGAAGUACAAAAUGCUAGAAACAACAGAAGUAUUCCAGUCUUAAUUAGACACAAUUUAGCAGAAUAUUUCUGCAACGAAGGUACAGUUCCUUGGCAACGAAAUUAUAUUUGAAAAGAUAUUGUAUACAUAUUGUAUAAUAAUAAAGUAAUUUUAUAAAAAAA